AUGCCACCUCCCGUGCCGCGUAAAGCUUUAAAUUUGAAACAAAAGGUGGAUAUUAUUCGUUUUAAAGACUCUAACGGAGGUUGGUCAAUUCGUAAAUUUGCCGACAAAUUUGGCAUUGGUAAAACGCAAGUGGCCGAAGUUUUAAAGAAUAAAGAAAAUAUUUUACGUCGAUACAACGAAAAUUCCACAAACGAAAAAUCUCGCCGAUUCCAGAGGAACGGGCCAGCUGAAUUGAUUGAUGAAAUUGUUUUAGAGUGGUUUAACCGUGUAAGAAAUAAAAAUGUGCCUGUAUCUGGACCAAUCAUUCAAGCAAAAGCUUUAGAAGUUGCCCGUGAAAUCGAGUGUGAUGAUUUCAAAGCUUCCAAUGAAAUAGUGACAGGGUAUGAGCCACAAAACAUAUUCAAUGCUGAUGAAACUGAUCUGUUUUACCGAGCAUUACCAGACAAAACGUUUUCUUACAAAGGGGAAUCAUGCUCUGGUGGAAAAAUAGUUAAGGAACGUUUAACUGUUCUUCUAUGUGUUAGUAUGUCCGGAGAAAAACUUAAACAACUCGUCAUUGGAAAAACUGUCAAACCAGGGUGUUUUAAAGGAAUUGAUGUUAGUAAACUGGCAGUAGAAUGGAAGGCGAAUAGUAAAGCAUGGAUGACUACUCAUAUAAUGAUAGACUGGCUUCAACGACUCGAUCAGCAAAUGAAAACUCAAAACAGAAAAAUGUUAUUGUUUCUUGACAAUACGACAUCACAUGCACAUCUGUCUUUGGACAACGUAACACUUUUUCCUCCAAAUAUAACAUCAACUUCUCAACCUUUAGACCAAGGAAUAAUAAAAAUUUUCAAAGUUUUUUACCGCAAGUUCGCACUACAACACGUUAUUGCGAUUCUGGAGGACGCUCAAAAUGCACACGACCUAACAAAGCAAAUUGAUGUUUUAAAAGCGAUGACAUGGGUGAAAAAAGCGUGGACACAAAUUUCUUCAUUAACAAUCACAAAUUGUUUCAAAAAAACAGAUUUUCCGUCCAGUGAACCUCCAGAAAUCGAAAAUGAAAAACGACGAUUUGCCACAAGAGGCAGUAAUUUGUCUACAGAAUGUAGAUCAGAUGAUAUAGCUAUAAUUUUAGAUGACAUUCGAACUGAAUUAAAUCCCGUAGAAUCCGAUGAUGAGCAACAAGCUGAUGACCAACUAGAAUAUUCUGAAAUUAAGACGUUUGCAAAUUAUUCAGAAGCUCUUGAACAACUUAUUCGUCUGAAAGAAUUUUAUUUAAAUAAAGGCGAUGAAAAGAGAUUUUCAUAUGUGAGCGAAUUAAUUAUCCAUCACGAGUUGGAAAUGACCAAAUCGAAGUUCAAAAAACAAAGAUCAAUAGAAUCAUUUUUUAAGAAAUAA